GGCCGCUUGGCCUGGCGUACGGGGGGGGGCGAAUAAUCGUCCCCCCCCCGCCCCCCCAUGGGUUAUUGCUGGGAACAGGAGUCCCUGGAGCCCAGCUCUGGCUGUGUCUCCGCCCAAUGACUGUUCUUCUUGUCCUCUCUCGGGGGGGGACAGAGGUGGGGCUCCCCCUUUGUCUUACAAGUAACUGAGACUCUGUUUCUGCAUUCACACGUGCUGCGGGGCCCAGACCCACUGAUGGGAGCGGAAGUAACUUCUCUCGCUGCCCCCGGGAGAGCCCUCUGCUUAUCCCCGAGUUGCUUUCUUUUCAAGGAGAGUCGCUGCGGUUAGUCUCUGGUAGAGCACCGGCAACAUUUAACUGGUGUUUUUUUAAAAAAUGGCACUUUUCUUUGUUGUAGUUGUUCUGUCCCUUGCUACAAGAAACAUAAAGUGUAUAGCAAAACCGGAUCAGGUUGUAAAGACGCCGAUUACAGACACAUCCUCACUUUUCAGAAGAGUUAAACCAGAGCAAGGCGAAGGAAGCCAUUGGUCUGUAGAUGAUAUCCUGACAGAAGAUGAUGAGGUGGACAGAGUCCCGCUGCAGAAACUCAAACUCUUAGGGGAGUCUAAAGAACUGAGAAACUUACUACUCAACCCCCAUCUGCAGCAACUGCUGCUAACUGUAGAUCAAGCCAAAGAAAAAGAUUCCCUCAUGAAAACAUAUAUGCAAGAGCCAUUAUUUGUGGAGUUUGCAGACUGCUGCUUGAGAGUUGUUGAACCUCCAGAGAAAGAGAAUUGUCUUCUAGACUGAGAGACGCUUUAGGAACAGAACUAAUCAUGAAUUUUUCUAAAACUGGAACAAACAUUUUAUUACCAUGUGCUUUGCUGAAACAGCCUCAGGUGUGUUUUCCUUCAGUAAAACAUAUUUAACUCCUGGAUGUCGGCACUCUAAUUCUCCCCUCCAGUGUUGUCAUAGGGUAAGCUUUGUCACAGGUGGUUGAAGAGGAAUAUGUAUGCAUGUACUAGGUGUAAUUGAAGGUUAGUGUUUUAGUGCUGUGACUUACUUUCUCUUAAUACAGGUUCCAUUGCCAACUAUGGCUGUGCUAGGCAUUGCUGCUGUCAAGUGUGUAAGGAAGGAGAAAGAUUAGAUUAAGUCCACUAGUGUUUAACUUUAUCCUUUGAGCAUUUGACAAAUCUUGCUGAGUCCAGAGAGCUGCACAAGAUAUUUAAGUUUAUUAAAAAAGAUUAAGAAAAACAAACAUACAUUUCCCUGCCUCAGGUCAAGUAAGAGGAAAGGAGAACCAUUUUUCUCUAUCACUCUAAGGGUUCUCAUGCUAAGUACCACUUCUGCUCCUACACAAUGUGUGAACCUAAUGCCGGAGAUGGAUGUAACAGUGAGAGGCGCUGGAGCUUAGCAGCACCAAGAGGGUGGAACUUGUUAUAUGCUACAGCUGAGUUUGGACCAAUACAAUUUAAAAGCAGCAUCUUAACUUUCUUCAGCUGGUCAGAAACAUUGAGCCCAGUCUUACACUCCCACUUUUCCUGAGACAGGUGUAUCCAGCACUACCCUCCACCAAUUCUUGCAUUUUAUUCAUAAGCAUUAGCAACCUGCUGAAUUUUAGUGCUAUCUGAGGUAAAUGACUGUAUGCUUGCCACCCGAGGGGAAAAAAUAAUGAGUAGUGUUCAGAUUUCUUGAAAAACCUCACUGCUGCCUUCUUACUUUUCCCUGUAUGGGGGAAAUGCUGAAAGGAUAUUUUACAUUAGAUCGCAGAGCUAGUUGUUCAAUUAUUUCCCAAAUAUUUUAGUUCUAUUAAAGGUUGUUUGAUUUUG